UUUGGGAAGUCAUUAUAAUAUGGCGAUGUCAACAAGUAGCGAGGAAGAAAAGGCACAGCUUUCCACGUUUGUAGAAUCUGACGACAACGAAGAUGAGGAGAGAACUGUAUGGUCUAAAAAGAUUGAAGGAUUGUUGUCCUUAGUUGGACUUUGUGUUGGACUCGGAAAUAUGUGGCGGUUUCCUUAUCUUUGCAUGCGCAAUGGCGGCGGAGCGUUCUUGAUACCAUUCAUAUUAUGCCUGCUGCUGUGUGGAUUCCCAAUAUUUUUCUUGGAAGUGAGUUUGGCUCAGUUCACUGGCAAAGAUGCGUUGCAUACCUGGGAGGCCUGUCCUAUUUUUCGAGGUAUUGGACACGGGAUGGUCAUUGCUACGAUUAUUUUGACCUUCUAUUACAACGCUAAUACAACAUGGAUUAUGUAUUACCUUGGAAGCUCCUUCACCUCUCCCCUCCCCUGGAGAAGCUGUGACAAUGAUUGGAACACGGAAUACUGUAUCAGCACAAGGCCAUCGAAUAUCUUGGAGCAGGUGUCUAACAUUUCCAACGUCUAUGUGUCCAACGGAAUCUCGAUGACCGAAAACAUCACUGGUCGACAGUCAUCAAAUUUGACGAAUCCUGAAACACAUAUGAAACAUGAGUAUGUUACUUCAGAAGAGGAAUUCUGGCAAUACAAAGUUCUAGAGAUGUCUUCUGGAAUAGAUGUCCUUGGACACAUACCUUGGCACUUGGCUGUCUGCUUCCUCGCUGGUUGGACGUUAGUGACUCUAUGCCUAGUUAAGGGAGUUAAGUCAAUGGGAAAGGUAGUUUAUGUAACCGCGACAUUACCAUAUAUACUGUUGACGGUUAUCCUGAUAAGGGCUAGCUUCCUACCAGGGGCGAUGGAUGGGAUCCUGUUCUUCUUGACUCCUGAUUUUGAGAAAUUAAAAGAGCCUCAGGUUUGGGUAGAGGCAGCCUUACAAGUGUUUUAUUCACUCUGUCCAGCCUGGGGACAAUUGAUCAUAAUCGCUAGCUACAACAAGUUCCAUAACAACUGUUACAGGGACUCUAUCCUGCUCACAAUCUUGGGGGAAGGAACGAGUAUAUACGGCGGCUUCGUCGUGUUUGCUGUGAUUGGAUACAUGGCCCAUGACGCUAAUUUACCUAUAAGUACAGUGGUGAAGUCUGGACCUGGGCUAUGCUUUGUGGUCUAUCCCGAAGCCCUUGCUAAGUUACCCCUCCCAAACGUGUGGUCAGUCAUGUUCUUUCUGAUGCUACUUUCCGUAGCAUUAGAUAGCCAGUUCGCAUGCGCAGAAAUGAUUAUUGCGGCGAUCACGAAUCAUUUUCGAGUCCUGCGGAAGAGACAACUUUUAGUAAAUGUGUGCGUCUGCAUGACCUGUUUCCUAUUUGGGCUUUUCUUUUGCACCCAGGCGGGGAUAUAUGUCUACCAGCUGUUGGAUUGGUAUGUCGCUGUGUCCUUGCCUGUCCUUGGUUUUAUCGAGUGUAUGAUAUUUGGAUGGAUUUAUGGGGCAGAGCGAUUUUCAAGAGAUGUUUAUAUGAUGCUUGGUCGAGGAAUUCCUGUAUUUGUACGGAUAUGUUGGUGUUUUGUAAAUCCUAUCGUACUCCUGGUACUGUUCGUGUUUACAUUUGUUUCGUACAAGCCGCCUACCUACGGGGAUUACGAGUACCCGGCCUAUGUUAACCUGGUCGGGUGGUUUAUCGGGUUACUUCCUCUCUUCCCCGUGGUCAUCAUAGGGGUAUUGACUGUACUGGAAACUCCGGGUGGUUCGAUACUAGAGAAAUUUAAAGCAUCAUUUCGACCAUCGCCGUCCUGGAAACCCGUAUCUUCAAAAUAUGCGUUGGACUACAAAGUUGACAGGACGUUACCACUUGGUUUCUGGAAGCAGAUGAAAGCUAACGUUUUCGGAAAUCAAUGACAGAUCUGCUAGACCAAUAGUUAUCAGUUUAUAUAUAGCUAUUAAUGUUUAUAGACCAUCUUGGUGUUAAGAAAAAUGAUGAAUUUUACAGACACAUCUCUUCAGAGAUUGGCACAUAAUAAGCUAAUCAUUAUUUAUAUCAUAAUCUACUCGGUAUAACAAGAAAUGACACCACACGGCAGGCGAAUGAGGAAGGCCUUCCUGAAAGAGUGUGAAUUAGUAUUUAUUCAUGAAAUUUUCAUAAUCAGAAAAAUAGCAUUGAAUGACAUUCUUUUAAUAUAUAUAUAUUAUUGCCAAUUAGAUUGAGACAAAG